AUGAAUCUGGUCCAAAACACGCAUUCUGCGACCAAGGCUGCCGGCCGGAAACGACUUCGAAAGAUCUGGUCCUGCCUGGAAUGCCGGCGGCGGCGGCUGCACUGCGAUCGAGUCACACCAGUAUGCGGACGCUGUUCGAAAUCGAAGAAGCCUGAGAAGUGUCAGUACUUGCAUAACGAAGAGCAUUCUCCGCCCCAGGACGAAGUGAGCAUGAAAAAUCGGGCAGUCGAACCACCAGGUGUCAGUAGCACUUUGGUGGUACAGAGCCAGAACGUGCUCGGACAAGACAGCAUCUCUUUCGAUGGCAUCGCGAAGGGACUGGGUGAAGUUGAUGGCAUGUCGUCUCAGUCGAUGCACUUCAAUCACGUCGAUCUCCCGACCUCUUCAAAUUGUUUCAUGACAAGCAUACCGGCCGUCCAUCUCGCCACUCCAGAAUCCACGGCGCUGCCACUGGAGCAGCGAUCAAAGCAGCAGGCCUGGAAGGAUGCCUCUGAUAGUACAUGUGUCGGUUCUAUGGUCGACAGUAUCCCUGGCCUGCAAGAUCUUACGAAGGAAGCUUUCAGAGAGUAUGCAGUCAUGGGACAGCUUCGCCUCAACAUGCACAAGGCCGAGAUCGAGAGCUAUCAACUCCAUCAAACUCGACACCUUCCCAAAGACGCAGACCUGAGGACCUACCUGCCUCCAAAAGAGGAAGCAGACAAUCUUGUGAAGAUCUACUUUGCAAGGCUAGGUGGAAUCUACAACAUCCUCGAUCGAUCGACAUUUGAAGAAAGGUAUACCGCCAUGUGGAACGAAGAGCCCGCCCAGAAUGGAUACUCGACUGUGGUCAUGCUUCUGGUAAUCUCCAUAGCCAUGUGCCUGCAGUCGACGUCAGCGGUACAGCCUGUUGAUGAAAGAACGUGCUAUCGAGACCGCGCGACAACCAUCAUCACAGCUUGUCGACUCUACGUCGAAGAGACUCUCAGCAGACGAUACAACAUCGAGGAGUUUCAAGCACAGUGCUUGCUGUUGUGGGCCGAGCAGCUGAAUGCUCGAAGGUACAAGCAGACGUACGCCAAUGCGGGAAAGCUGCUGCGAACCUUCAUGUGUGCUGGCUUGCCCAAGUAUCUGAACAGUCAGAGAGGUCGAGAUCUCCCGAGCUCGGAGAAAGAGCUGCGCAGAAAGAUCUGGAUGGCUGCUCUGGAGUUCGAACUUCAAGCAGCGUUCGAGCAGGGUAUGCCGCCAACUGUCUUUCCAACUCCCAACGUUGGUGUUGUGGCUGGAAGUCCUGUACCUGGUACAGAUACCGAGAGGUCUGCAGACUCUCAGAAAGUGUUAAACGACCAGCCGACCCUGACGACUCUCCAUGCCAGCUUCUGCAUCCGGCAUCAACUUUUCCUACGGCUGAACAGUACUACGGCCACCCUCACAUUCUCAGAAGCAAAGACAAAAGCGGAAGGCCUGACAACGAAAAGCUCACGCUCCGAAAGCGUGCCAGAAGCUGCUGCUACGCUAACGAUUCGCCAGUACCUGCUUGCACUCCAUCACCGCCAGCUGCAGCACAGCACCUCAUCAUUUGAGAGUAGUCUUCACAGAACAGCACUCGUCCAACACGCAAGCUCGAUGGUCGAAAUCGGUCACAGCUUUUGGCAAGCUGGAGACCCUACCUUGGAGUUCUUGGCUGGCCACCAGAUUCGGGCGGCAUUGGCUGUUGUCCGUGUAUGUCUUACCAGCAUUGGUAGCAGUGACCACCUGCUUCGAUCAUUCCUACAGAACGAAGUCCAAGGUCUGCUCAACAAGGCCAUCGAGUUGAUACAGCUUAGGGUCACUCGUUUCACCGGCGAUCAGAGACAGCUCUGGACAGCUCUUGCCGCGCAGGCCCUGGUAAACAUCGGGCAUGGCCUCACCACCGAGGAAGAAGGUCUGCGAGCAGCAGUCGAUCGAUGUUUGGAGACAUUGGCCGGGUUGGGCCUUUUAGGAAGCCCGAAAAGUCCAGGGACCGACCACUUGAAAGUAGGCGAUCAAUGUGAGAGUCUGAUAAUGUCGCCUGGAAGAGCAAGGGGUCUCGAGACCUGGGCACUUGACGAUUGGUUCGAUAUUGAUUCGAUGGAUUUCAGUGCGAAUUUUCAGUGA